AUGGAAGACACCUUGAUCAAUAUCAUCCGCAAGCAAGAGGUACUCAACAGCCGGGAUGCUACAAACGAACAACGAAAAGAUGCCUCGGAGUGGUUGACAAACGUGCAGAAGACCAACGGCAUGAUGGAGGGAGUCAGCGUAGGCACGCUAAUGUACUUCCACUUGCACAACUUGCUGAUUCCUAGCUCCCAAAGAACACCUGGUGUGCCAUCCGACACACAACUCAGCCCCAGCCCCGGUCCGGUUGUGCCGGAGGCGGCUCCGUCUGCAGAGUACACACAACUCUUGUCGACUUUGCGAGGCUCGCCGUUGGAACUGCCCGUGGCGCUCUUUUGUGCACAGACAAUGGCGCUGAAGUUGAAACAGGUGCUGACCAAGCCGACGAGCAUGAAAGAAAGCGUUUUAGAAUCCUGGAUGGAUCUUACACUCUUGGGGCGGCUGUUCAGCGAGUGCAUUUUAGUGCCUGUAAAGAAAACGCUACAAAUUUGCUUGGGUCAUGCGGUCGUAAUCAAGAUGGCACUCGGCCCACAAGUCUCCUCUGGACCGGGAGCGGCCCCGGUGGUGACCAGUGAUGUUUCCGACUUGCUGACGAUUGCCGUGGACGGCGGCCAGGCCGUGUGCGAACAAAUGUUGAGUGCGGCCAAGAGCGGCGCGUGGGAUAACGUGGCUGCCUUGACCAAGAAAGAGGGUGACUACCACCUCAUUAUGUACAUCGCCGAGAGCCUGAAACUGGAGUCCCAAGACCCGGAAGGCCGGUUGCGACUACUGCCGAUCCAACUGGCCACCAAGAUGUGCGACUCAGCGUGCCUGCCAGAACUGCUGCAAACCUCUGUGGGCAGUGCCGCCUUCGACGACGUGGCGGCCUAUGUGGUGGAGCAUAUCGAGAUGGUUGAGGAACUGUGUAAAGCGUGGCAACAGAUGGCGCUGAACUACCCAAUUCCGGAGUAUGACCAUCGCUGCUUGGUCCAGCUGUAUCCCACUAUUGCCAAACACCAAAGGGCGCUUACGGAGGUACUAAUGCAGAUCCCAACUCAUAGCUAUACUUACCGGAAUAGCGUUGGCUCGCUGACCAACUCAGUCGCCCUUCUCUCGACAGCCGUCAAGUCCAAAGUGCGACAAAUCAUCCAUGUCUGUCGCACACGCACCGGCAAGGCCAAGUCCAAUAAUGCCAACGAAUCCGACUGGCUUGGCUACGGCCUCGCCGAUCUGAUCUAUGUCACCAACACGGACACCAAACACCUGAUUCAACUGAAUGUUACCGUCGGUCAAAAACUGACUCAAAGGAUCCAGUUCACCAGAACAGUCAGGGGCCUUAGGCUGUCCAAGGACGUGGAGGCUGACCUGGAGAAGCUUGCACAGCAAGACAAACAGAGGACAGUCUAUCAAAAACAGUGUUUAGACGUUUCGUUGAACGGUUUCUUUCACACAAGUCAGGGGUUAAAUGACCUGCCGGACUGGGCGGAUGUAACGAGGUUGCCGGAGGAUGUGAAAACGCCCCAAGAGCUGUUAGCUACGUACCAAACAUUGGCCGCCUUUUCCGAUGAUGACGAGAGCAUGGAAGACUUCGGUGAGGAGGAAAUCCAGGACAAGUGGCGGAGUUUCGAAGCGUUGUGUUGCUCGUGCAUGGUCGCAUACUUGCAGUGGUUGGGAAGUCUGGUUCACGCGGCAGGUCCUUUGUUCGCAUACGGGUUUUGCAAUAGUGGGUUGUGUGUUGGCGAGAACGCUGAAAGUUCGAAGCGUUUUGCGGAACUGUAUCGUGGUCUAUGUGUGGAGCAAGCGAAAAGCAGUGCCGCGGCGGUGGGAUUAGUAACCCCGGCAAUGGCCACCCCGGGAUUAACGCCGGGUAUGGAUAGUCGUCGCUCGUCGAACGCUUCGGGUCGGGGGUCUUCUAGUAUGCCUCCAUUGGUAUUGGGCCCGUUGCCGCCGUUGCCUAAAGUGGACCACACGGAUCUGGAGGCGUGGGUGCAGCUUGCGUUAAACUACGGCUUGCCUGAACGUCUAUUGACGGUCCCGGAAAGGACAGGAGAAGAACUGGACAGGUUGGUUAACGGGCCAUUCAAGACUUUCGGACCAGCGUUAAUAGUGUGGGCAUCGGAGGGAUCUUUGCUGGACUACGACGAAGCCUGUUCCUCACUGAAUGACAAUAUCCACAACGCUCUUCGCGACUUCAAACAACCUCUUGCUGGCGGCGCGGCGGCGGCGCCGCCGCCGGCGCUGGAAAUGGUCCUGUUGCGGUCGAUGCGAGCAACAGUGUACCCGUUCAACUUUCCGGAGUUGACGGCGAAGCUGAAGAGAGAAUAUUGUGACCACCGAGAUGAGGUGCGGCGGAACUUGCGGAGUUGGAUCGCCGGUGUGGAUAACGUGACGUUGUGGACGUUGAUUGAUAAGAUUGCGGCGCCGCUGUUGGCGACACCGGAGGCAGUGGACUGGCGAGUGGUGGAGACGAUAAUUUUGGCUAUCGCCAAUACAGUUAGUUUUAUCCCAGGGGAAGCUGCGCAAUUGCUGAAGUUGGAUGUCGUGCGUAAGUAUGCCACCGAACACCGUGCCGUCCUGCGCCAGUUUCUGGCAAUCGUCGUGGGCCUGAGUCAGUUCCCACAAGUAUACAGCGAGGAGUACCUGGAAUUGGCGUUUACCGUAAGCCGCGCGGCUUUCCGUGUGCCCCAGUCCGAUAGCUGUUACCCGCUCGCCUCCAAGAUGGACCAUGUAGGCGCCGUGGCCUUGUCGCGCGUACUCAGCCACGUGCCGGCCGUCUUCCGGGACCCCACUCGUCCGGCGGUCGCGCAGGCGGCGCCUGGGGCCUGGGUCUUUCCCCCCACGCGGCCAGUCGCCGCGCAGCUUCACUGGGAUCUUUACCACCUGACCGAAGACUGCGUCAAACGUGCGCUUGCACACAAGACUGGAAAAAGCAAAGACACUAAGUGCUUCUGCUCCCUCCGGUCCCUUCCCAGCAUGUACUACUGCUGUGCACGCGCCCUCUCCCUUUCCGCGGACGCCUACGGUGAUGGACCCGUGCCUCUACCACCAGGUUUUGAACCCGGGAACAUCCUCGGUGUCAGUAAUUGCUUCAUCGACAACGAAGUCCAUCACUGCCUCGAAGCACUUCAGGACAUCGGACCCGUCCUCGAACAACCCACCCCCGACCAGUCACUCCUCGUCGCUUGCGCCGCCGCCAUCCUCGAAGGCCUCGCCAUCUACGUCGCACACGUCCUGCCCCCCGGCAUGGCCACCCCCCUCAACGUCACGAAGGACGCAGGCGUCGUCGACGACUCCGAACGCUGGGGUAGUGCCGGCAGCCAACGCUUCCUCGCCGACAAAACCGCCGCCCAAGAGGCCUGCAACCGCUGCACGAUCGCUGCUACUUUCUACCCAGAACUCUACGACGCCGCAGCACCUUACAUCGGCGAAGUCGACUCCAUCACCCGAGCACUCAAAUUACUCACCAAUGCUCUCCUCAAUUCUGGGUUGGUACUGGAUCCGUGGUUUGUGGAGAAGAUUCUCCCAAAGAUUGCGAAUUCGCCUUUGCUGGAGUGUGUGGAGGGGUACCUAACGGCGCUGCAGUUCUUAGGUGAGCGGCGACCGGACCUCAGUGCCUUUGAUGAGUUGAUUUCCGCGCGGCUGAACGAAUUGAUAGCGCCGGAGGCGUGUACGUUGUCCAAAGCGCACGAGUUGGCUGUUUAUUGCAACGCGGUGAUCCGGGUUGUGAAGAAGCGGGUGGAGCUUUUCGGGGAGGGCGGUUUGCCGACAAGCACGGACGGGAUCCUGGCCAAGAUGUACGCGGUGUCGUUGGUGGGAGUAUUGGCGUACACCCACGCGAUUUACAGAGACAGUGUGGCGGAGAAGCUGGCGACACCAGACGCUUGUUUGGAGGUCAUGGUUGACUUGACUACCCGGUUUAAGGGACAGGUCUUGCGGCCGGGUAAGGGUUUCGAAAUUACGGUGCACAACCUCUGCGCGGAUACUCAAUUGAGGGCCGCUGGCAAAGGUAGCGCCAAAAGUCGCGAAAGCAUUUCGAGCGGACCCCCUUCCCCGGUACCCGUGACCCGACUGGCUACCCCGCAGAGCGCCCAGACCGACUUACCUUGUGAGGUUUUGACCACCGUCGCAAUCAUGGCACUCAUCUCUGCUCAAGACGCCUGUCCCUCUGUCUCCUCCAGAGCCCUCCAAAAAAGCCUUGACCUCGCACCUCAGGUGUUGGACAAAGCCGCUGUUGAAGGUGCAGCAGCCUACCUCACCUGCGCACUGCCCUUCGACACCACUGGAAACACACUCCCCGCCGUCCCCUACAAGUGGGCGGCUUCCGAGGACUCACUCAGACUCUUCAUCGAAGCCGCUGGGAACGCAAAUCCCCAACAGUGGAAGAAAGUCAUCAAAGGCCAGUGCCAACUACUCAACGUCGCCAAACGCAGACCCAGCCGAAACAGCCUCAUGCCCUAA